GUGCCCUUGAAGAGGGCGGUGAGGAAGAGGCUCGGAGGAGAGGAAGAGGCUCGGAGGAGAGGAAGCGGCGCCGGGCCCCAGCUGGUGCCAUGUUCUCAGUGCUUUCUUGCGGCAGGUUGGUAGCCAGAGCGGUGUUUGGUGGCCUGUCUCAGACUGACUCUCGGGACUAUAGCCUGGUGACUGCCAGCUGCGGCUUCGGCAAAGAUGCCCGGAAAGGAAUCCUAAAGAAAGGCAUGUGCUACGGGGACGACGCUUGUUUCAUUGCCAGGCACCGGACGGCGGAUGUUUUGGGUGUUGCCGAUGGUGUGGGUGGAUGGAGGGACUAUGGCGUUGACCCUUCUCAGUUUUCAGAGACUCUGAUGAGAACUUGUGAACGUUUGGUAAAAGAGGGACGGUUUGUGCCAACCAACCCCGUUGGAAUCCUCACCUCAAGUUACCGUGAGCUGCUUCAGAACAAAGUCCCUUUAUUGGGAAGUAGCACUGCUUGUCUAGUUGUUCUAGACAGAACAAGUCAUCGUUUACACACAGCAAAUUUAGGAGACUCUGGAUUUCUGGUUGUUCGAGCAGGUGAAGUUGUACAUCGGUCAGAUGAACAGCAGCAUUACUUCAACACUCCAUUCCAAUUGUCUAUAGCCCCUCCAGAAGCUGAAGGAGCAGUACUAAGUGACAGCCCUGAUGCUGCAGACAGUAAUUCCUUUGACGUUCAGCUAGGAGACAUUAUUCUCACUGCAACGGAUGGUCUGUUUGACAACAUGCCUGACUACAUGAUUCUUCAGGAGUUAAAAAAGUUAAAGAAUACAAACUAUGAGAGUAUACAGCAGACAGCACGCAGCAUCGCUGAACAAGCACACGACUUGGCCUAUGAUCCUAAUUAUAUGUCGCCUUUUGCACAGUUUGCAUGUGACUAUGGGCUGAAUGUAAGAGGUGGAAAACCAGAUGACAUCACUGUUCUUCUGUCAAUAGUAGCUGAAUAUACAGACUAGAUGCCUCGAGGCAUCUUCAGCUUUUCCUUUCCCUACUCUACAACUUUGACUGCUACGUUGCACUGUCUCCUGCUGGCAGGAUUGCAGUUUUUCACCUGAUUUCAUUGGCCAGUUGUACGAGUGGCUUGAUGCUGUGUGCGUAUGUAAUUGGACUAAGCUCAUCACAACCACUAUUGUCUAAUCAAUGAUCCAUCCAAUAGGGAAGUGAAAGGUCUUACAUGGGGGGAAAAUGAACCAUCUUUACGCA